GAAUGACUCCAGAUUCUGUUCUUAAACAGUCAUCUGAAAUGGAUUCUAUUUUCACGGGAGACUAUAUUGAGUUAAACGAUCUUAUCGAUCCAGGAUCACGCUCUUCCAGUUCCGCCAACUCAAGCUGUUUGACCAUGACUUCAGAUGAGUACUUUGACUCAAUGGCUCUCUUACAAGAAAUAGAGAAUGACAUUAAGGAUUCUAGUGUAAACUUCAAUCUUUCUGCACCUUUAAAGUCAACAGAAGUGUUCAUACGCCUCGCUACUUCAGUCUCUCUUAUAACAGAUCAAGACUCCAAACGCUCGGGUCAAGUGACCUCCAAAGACUGCAACAUUUCCAAAAAUACAUCCAAAGAGGGAAAGAAGGAGCGUGUUAGUAGGGCGAAAAGGCGUAAAAUGAAGAACUAUUUGUGUUUCCUAAAGUUGUUCUUCUAGAAACAGGAGACAGUGAAGGGUGAAGACUGAAUCUAGUACAAGUUUUGAAUUUUGAUACCGACGGGGUGGCAAGAUUUAUAUUUAUGGUCUAGGAAAACAUGUAGAUAGUGUCAAUUAUGUGUGAAAAGUGACCACAUUUAAGAUGCAAACCUUUAAUGUUUGAAUCUGACAAGUUCUUGUUUG